GAGCUGUCACUGCCAGUUCUGUGACCAUUCCAUCAGCAUCUGCCCGUGGUCUCAGUAACACUGCAGUUUUAGACAGUGCAGCUUUGCAGGAACAUGAAGUCGCUCCUUGCACUUGCAGUUUGUUUAGAGUUGUGCACAACUUGGGUUGUGUCAUUGUAUGUAGCGGAGUCCUGCACCAGCCUAGAAAAUAUUGCACUGGCAGAAGAGGCAAUUGGUCACAUCAAUGCAGGACGAAAACAUGGAUUCAAGUACGCUCUGGACAAAAUAGAGAACGUUCAGAAGCAGACACAGGAAGGUACAACUUACUAUUUGGACGUGGAGGCUCGAGAGACAAAGUGCCAUGUGCUGAGUCCUAAACCACUGUCAGAAUGUCCAAUUCGACCAUUCACGGAAGUUAAAGGAGAUGGAGAUUGUAAAAUAAUCUUAGACGUCCUACCAGGAAAACCCAUUCAUUUGAAUGGCUACAAGUGUGAUGUAACCCCAGAUUCAGCGGAAGAUGUUUUUGAGAAAUGUCCCGAUUGUCCGUAUCUAGUACCAAUAACCAAUGAAGAAGUGAUACAUGCUGCACGGGUCUCAGUUGACAAAUUCAAUACAGAGAGCACAUUUACACAUCGUUUUGAUCUUUAUGAAAUAUCGCGAAGCACUAAGGGAUUUAAUUCACCGGUAUAUAUAGAAUUUGUCAUCAAAGAGACAACUUGUUCCAAACACUCCGCUGCAUGCACCCUCAAUCUUCUCCUAAAUCCGAUCUUUGGGUUCUGUACGUCCACUGUUAUUCCGGGCGACGUCAGCGAGGAAGUGUUUGUGACUUGUGAGGUGGAAGGAUCAAAGAAGGAAAAGGCUGCUAUUGCAAUUGAUGGGGACGGAACUGUUCUUCCAGCAACGGACGAUGAAGGCACUGUACCCCCAAUGGAAGGGGCUACUGGGAGUCCAGCAAUGGAAGAGGGAGGCACUGCUCAUCCAACAAUAGAAGAGGGAGGCACUGCUUCUUCACCAAUACACGAGGGAGACACUGUUCCUCCAGCAUUGGAAGAACUAGGCACUCUAACCCCACCAAUAGAACACCAGACUAUUGUUCAUGAAGAAACUGAAGCAGAAGCUGCACACCCCAUCCAACAAGUAGUACAAUCUACUGUUCCUCCCAAACGCAAACGAUCAAUUAUCAAUGAGUCCUCAGAAUCCUCUGAAGAACUGGUGUACAGUCCUGGCAAACCGUUUGUAUUCCCCGAUCUCCCUGCAGAUCUGACAACCUGCCCAGGAAGGCAUAGAUAUCGUGAGGAUCAGUGAACUGAUUUAACUCCCUUUCUAAAAGGCAAACCCAUUCUUAACAACAAUGUUGCAUAACUAUGGAUAAUUAACUGCACCAGAAUAAGGAACAUUUCCAUUUCCUCUUUCUGGAGAUUUACCAUAAUAAAACAAAACAAUUACCUGGGAAUUGUAUAAAUGAUAUGUACAACGCCAUGAACUCACGCCAAAAUUUUGGCGAUCAUCAAAUUUUUUUGUGAUUUUUACUUUGUAUGGGCAAUAAAAUAUGUUUGAACAGCC